AUGAGUACAAGAUCAGCUAAAGUUAGUCUUAAGCCUCUGGAAGUGCCGACGGCUUUGCAGGAGGGAGAGAAAUUCAUCAAGUGGGAUGAGGAUUCUGGAACAGGUGUGCCAGUCACUCUACGGGUGGACCCUAAAGGUUUCUUCCUCUACUGGACAGACCAAAAUAUGGAGGUGGAGAUGCUGGACAUAGCUACCAUCAGGGAUGUCAGGACAGGACCAUAUGCUAAAGUACCAAAGGAUCCAAAAAUUCGCAACCUUGUCCUGAUCGGCUCACAAGGAUCUCUCGAAGAAAAGACUGUAAGCGUGUGCUAUGGUGCCGACUUUGUUAACGUCACUUUCAUCAAUUUCUGUUGCACUAGAAAGGAAAUUGCACAGAUAUGGACGGAGGGUCUAUUUGCAUUGGCGUAUAAUUUGAAUCAGCUGAACAACCCCACAAUCAAGUUCCUAGAGAAGUUGCACACGAAGAUCAUCCUCAAGGCUGACAAGUCCGGAAAGAUAAUGGUUAAAAAUAUCGUGAAGUUGCUGGCCCAAAAUAAGGAAGACAAGAAACGCGUAGAAAAAGCACUGAGUGAGUCAGGCUUGCCGACUGGGAAAAUCGACACAAUCAAUCAGUCAAAGUUCCAAUUUGAAGACUUCUUCGCUUUCUAUAAGAAUCUCACGCAAAGGACAGAAGUACAGAAGAUAUUUAAUAAUCUCACGGACGACAAACCACAUCUGUCUGCUAAUCAGCUGGUUGAUUUCCUUAACGAAGUGCAAAGGGAUCCGAGGCUCAACGAGAUUCUACAUCCAUAUGCAGACCUGCAGCGAGCGAAGGAUCUGAUAAAGACAUAUGAACACAACAAGUACCAUCAACAACGAUCGCAACUGACUUUUGAUGGAUUUCUAAGGUUUUUAAUGUCAGAGGACAAUCCAAUUGUGGCGACAAGUAAAUUGGAUCUAUGUGAUGACAUGGAACAGCCAUUAGCACAUUACUUCAUCAACAGUUCACAUAAUACGUACCUGACUGGUCAUCAGCUUACGGGGAAGUCUAGUGUGGAGAUAUAUAGACAGAGCUUGCUGGCUGGAUGCAGAUGUGUGGAACUAGACUUCUGGAAUGGUCGUACCGAUGAACCGGUCAUUGUCCACGGAUACACUUUUGUCCCUGAGAUAAGCGCCAAAGAAGUUCUCGAAGCGAUUGCUGAGAGUGCGUUCAAAACAUCCGAUUUUCCUGUGAUACUCAGCUUCGAAAAUCAUUGCAAUCCAAGACAACAGGCGAAAAUAGCUAACUAUUGCAGGGAGAUUUUCGGAGAUAUGUUGCUGGAUAAACCUCUGGAUUCUCAUCAGUUGGAACCAGGAGGGGAGCUCCCGCCGCCAUCGCUACUCCGUCAUAAGAUCAUCAUCAAGAAUAAGAAGAAACAUCAUCAUCACCAUAAAAAGGAAGAUUCCGUGGCGUCGGAGGAAAGUGAGCCGCGGCCUGAUCCCUUGCCUCAGGGCAACGGCGAUGUCUCUACGGCUACGCUGGCCCGUCAAGGUUCCUCGGAAUCGUCUGAUUCUGAUAGCUCGUCCGGCGAAGAGGAGGCGGGUGGUGUGGACAGCGCUGUGGGAGAAGACGCGCGCGAAACUCACGCCGGCGCCGAAAUCUCUGCGCUCGUCAACUACGUGCAACCAGUACACUUCAGCUCCUUCGAAAACUCUGAAAAGAAGAACCGCUUCUACGAGAUGUCAUCUUUCGAUGAGAAGCAAGCGACUACACUGUUAAAAGAGCGACCGAUCGAAUUCGUCAACUACAACAAGCAUCAGCUAUCCAGAGUGUAUCCCGCUGGCACUAGAUUCGAUUCCUCUAACUUCAUGCCGCAGGUGUUUUGGAACGCGGGAUGUCAACUGGUUGCCCUCAACUAUCAAACAUUGGACUUAGCAAUGCAGCUCAACUUGGGCACGUACGAAUACAAUCGACGGUGUGGUUAUUUACUCAAACCUGAGUUCAUGAGAAGGAAGGACCGUCGCCUUGACCCAUUCGCCGAGAGCACAGUGGACGGCAUCAUCGCCGGUACACUCUCCAUAACAGUACUCUCUGGCCAGCUGCUCACCGACAAGCGAUGUGGCACUUACGUCGAAGUGGACAUGUUUGGUCUUCCGGCCGACACUGUGCGUAAGAGGUUCAGGACAAGAGUUGCGCCGAACAAUGGCAUCAAUCCUGUGUACGGGGAGGAACCUUUCGAGUUUAAAAAGGUGGUACUGCCAGAAUUAGCAAUAAUCCGCAUAGCUGCUCACGAAGAAAGCGGUCGGUUGCUGGGUCAUCGAGUGUUGCCUGUGGUAGGGCUAUGUCCUGGCUAUCAUCACGUCAACUUGCGUACCGAGUUGGGUCUUCCUCUUGCCGCUAGUCUUUUGCUCCUUGUCGAUGUUAAGGAUUACGUGCCUGAUCGGCUGUCGGAACUAGCUGAAGCCUUAGCGAACCCCAUUAAGUACCAGAGCGAGCUGGAUAAGCGUGAACACCAGUUAUCUGUGCUCACUGAAGAUACGGAUGUGCCGACGGCUGAAGCCAAGAAAACCAAUGAAAUUGAAAGGACCGACCGACCAGUUGCCCAUCCUAUUAAAUUUGAUAAAGAAGAUGGCCCUGAAAGCAGCAGUCCCCGUCGGGACCUCGCAAACGAGACUAUAAAUUUAAUAGAACACGAAAUGCAAGCCCUCCCGCCUCAGCCACAAGAGAAACCCUCACACGGUAUGACGUCACCACUCUCUAUACUCAAGUCUUUAGUUCCGUGGAAAGCAGAAAGCAAACCCAACGGUACAUCGGAUGAAUCCUUAGAAGAGACGUUAGAAGGGCUACUCUCAUCAAAAUUGGUUCGCGACAAACAAAUGAAGUUGUCGCGAGAACUCGACACGCUCCGACGCAAGUACGACAAGGAAAAGAAACCCAGCUCGAAGUUCUACGUCAGCAAAAACUUGGUGAAGAGAUUGUCUGCUAAACAGAUUGAUGCGACCCCUAGCACCGACGACGGGAACACGACGGAAGGGUUCAGUACAGCGUUGAUGGCCGAGCGUGAGCUGCGCCUGCGCUACCACCACCAGAUAUAUGCGGCCUUGGAGAAACACGUGCGCAAUGAACAACAGCAUCAGAUGAAACUAUUAGCGGAUUCCUUAGAAGUGGAAAAGAAAGAAAUUCUGAAUAGGCUGGCAAAUUCAAGAAAGGAGGAUGUCAAAGCGUUAGCGAAAAAGACCAAUAGAGACAAGGACGAGAUCAAUAGAAGAAAAAGGGAGAUACAUUCACAUUCGGUGGCGCGGGGCGUGGCGGAGUGUUGCCGCGCGGAGCAGAAGUACGGCGCGCGCCGCGAGCAGCUCGCGCGCACGCACGAGCGCCUGCUGCAGCUGCUGCUCAAGCACCGCGACCAGGAGUUGUUGGAGUUGGAACGUAUGUGCGGAGGGGCGCCGGAGGGCUAG